CGAGGGCGGGCAGUGGGCGUGGGUGGCUCUCUGGCUGGCUGUCUUCCCUUUCCCGACGCGGUAGCCAGUCUGAGAUCUGGCCUUGCUGAGGGACCAACGGCCCGUGCUCUCCCGAGGAAGGGACCCGCGUGGGCGCUGCGGCGCCGGGAGAGCCGGGCUGCUCCGGGACGCUCGGCCCGCUAGCGUGUGGGAGCGCGUGGGUCUCCGGCUCCCCACCCGCGGCGGCCGUGUGGGGGAAGUGGCCGCCGGGCUGGGACUUGCGGGCGCGCCCGGUGCGCGCAGUGAAAGUGGGAGGUUUCAGGCGGCCGCGGCCGUUUUCUGGGCCCCGCGUAGAGGCUGGGAACCCGGCCGCGGUGUCUGCGCCUCCGCUUUGCGUCGAGGCGUCGCCCGUCCUGGUGAGGAAACCUAGACAAAGGUGGCGCGCCCUCCGCCGACCCGAGGGCAUCGGCGCGGUGCCGCGAGGCCCCCGCCGCGACAUCACUGAGCGCUCCAGCGACUUGGUGCCGACUGCGAGGAGGUGCCGAGGCUUCUCCUUCCUGCGCCUGUGCGAGGAAGGAGCGGCCGCCAAAUCGCAGCGAAACCGAAUCGCCGCCACUUUGCUGGGGGGGGGGGCGGUCGGCUCCCCGGUUCUUUGCCUCUAGCUCACCGCCCACGCGGUUUGGUUCCUGCUACCGAGGCUACCUACUUCUCAGUAACCCGAAAUUUGCGGGGGCCCUGGAAAGAGACGGCAUGGCAUAUUAAAAAAAAAAAAAAGAAUAAUUAAAGUGAGCCGGUUUUCCUUCGUGAGCCCGACAAGUUGCAACUCGCGUCAGUGAGCAUACAGCCUUUUCAAGUUAUGUCAUGUGUUGACAUAUUUCUGAGAGGUCUGCUUUCUCUUUGGUAGUUGGAGUUACUGGAGUGGGAUCUAUAAACAGGAAGGAGGCUGCUGGAAUGCGAUUCAGGCCUUGGGAUCCCUACAGAACUGACUCGGUUCCCGACCGUCCGGUUUCAGCUCCUUGGGGGAGGGUUUGUAUCUUGGCAAGCGCCCAGCAUUUCCCAGAGCAGUGGGUGCCCCGUUUUGGAACCACCGCCCAGACCUCGUGGCUGUCAUCACAUCAAGGGCCGAGUGUCAGACCCCUAGGAUCCUGGACGGCAUGACUGUCAGCUCCAGAUCUCCCAGUUUCCUCUCCUGCGGGAAGAGGGGUUCGGGGGAGGGGGCAGACAGUUGCCUUUUGGAGCUAGGUUUCUAAUGCUCCCCUCCUUUAAUUCAAUAAACUUUUAUUGAGUCCUAACGAAUAUUUAGACAGAGUUCUGAGUUCACUGGAGGCAAAAAGGGCUCUUAAGGGUCAUUAAACUUUGUAAUUUGGAUUCAGGGAUAGUCAGAAAUGGGCAUAAAGGAGGGAAUUUCCAGAGUCGAGCUGUCAACAGCUGGGGAGUCUCUUGAUAGGACUUCUUAGUUGCAUUUUCUCAAGUGGAAGUUAUUCCAAGAAUUGCCUGAAUCAUUAACUUAAAAAAAAAAGUCCGUUGUUAAGUUCGACUUCCCUUUUGCUGUAGAGUGUACAGUGAGCUGUGGAAGGAUUGGAUAUGACUGCAGAAAAUGGAGCUGGCAUGACCAAUAAUAAUAUGUGUUUGUCGUUCAGGGUGGGGGCAUUGAAAGUUGUUCCUCUAAUUCAGUUAUGCUGACGUUUAUUUCAAGAUGGGUGAACUGCUCUGUUGGCAUUUCUUGGAGAAGACCCGCGCUUUUUUAAAAAAAAUUAAUUUUUUUGGCUUCCUUGGGUCUUCGUUGCUGUCUGGGCUUUCUCUAGUUGGGGUGCUGGAGGAGGUGCAAAGUGUAAGACACGACAGGAGCGCCACGACAGGUCCAGGAGGCCACGGGACUCUCAAGGCAGGUCAAGAUUUAUCUAAAAACAGACUGGUUGAAGUUCCAAUGGAAUUGUGCCAUUUUGUAUCACUGGAAAUUCUUAAUCUGUAUCAUAAUUGUAUCAGAGUCAUUCCGGAGGCUAUCGUUAAUCUGCAGACGCUGACUUACUUAAAUUUAAGUCGGAAUCAGCUGUCCGCCCUGCCGGCCUGCCUGUGUGGUCUGCCUCUCAAAGUCUUAAUUGCAAGUAACAACAAACUUGGAUCGCUGCCUGAAGAGAUAGGUCAGCUCAAACAGUUAAUGGAGUUGGACGUCAGCUGCAAUGAGAUCACAGCCUUGCCUCAGCAGAUAGGGCAACUGAAAUCCCUACGAGAACUGAAUGUCAGAAGAAAUUACCUUAAAGUUCUACCACAAGAACUAGUAGAUCUUCCCUUGGUAAAGUUUGACUUUUCCUGCAAUAAAGUGCUCGUGAUUCCCAUUUGUUUUAGAGAGAUGAAGCAGCUGCAAGUAUUACUGCUUGAGAAUAACCCUUUGCAGUCUCCUCCAGCACAGAUAUGCACCAAGGGCAAAGUGCACAUAUUUAAGUAUCUCAGCAUCCAAGCAUGCCAGAUUAAGACAACCGACUCCCUUUAUCUCCACACCAUGGAGAGGCCACAUUUACACCAGCACGUGGAAGACGGCAAGAAGGAUUCUGACUCGGGCGUUGGGAGUGAUAAUGGAGACAAGCGAUUAUCUGCCACAGAGCCUUCUGAUGAAGACGCCAUUAGCCUCAACGUGCCAAUGUCAAAUAUCAUGGAAGAAGAACAACAGAUCAAGGAGGACUCCUGCCAUCGCCUUAGUCCAGCUAAAGGGGAAUUUCAUCAGGAAUUUCAACCAGCGCCUUCCCUUGUGAGUGACAAUGAGAACUCAGGAGAAGAAAGAGACCAGUUUUCCCACGGAGCAGACAUUCUCCAUUCGGAAUUUAUAAACUAUAUUAAGGAAAGGACUGAGACCUGUGAAGAACUGUUACGGAUAGAAGAGGACGCACACUGGCCAUCCGAGGGGAUAAUAAGUUCAUCCAAAGACCAGGACAUGAAUAUAGCAAUGAUUGAACAGCUGAGAGAAGCAGUGGAUUUGCUGCAAGAUCCCAACAGAUUAAGCACAGAUAUUGCAGAGAGAAGUGUUGUCAACUUUUACCCUGUGGACUCGGCAGAAGACUUAGAAUUACAAGACUCUGCACUAAAUGGUCAAAUACAGUUGGAGACGUCUCCAGAAUGUGAGGUGCAAAAUGAUCUAACGUUACAGAGUAAUGGGAGCGAGUAUUCUCCCAAUGAGAUGAGAGAGAACUCCCCUGCCAUCUCUCCUACCAACACCAGCACAGCUCUGUUUGGCCUGAAGCCUCGAUCAGUGUUUCUUAGACCACAGAGAAAUUUGGAAUCUAUAGACCCACAGUUUACAAUUCGGCGGAAAAUGGAGCAGAUGAGAGAAGAAAAAGAACUGGUGGAACAGCUCCGAGAGAGCAUCGAGAUGAGACUCAAGGUCAGCCUGCACGAAGACCUGGGGGCUGCCCUCAUGGAUGGCGUCGUCCUCUGCCAUCUAGUCAACCACAUCCGCCCACGAUCCGUCGCAAGCAUCCAUGUCCCCUCACCAGCAGUCCCUAAACUUAGCAUGGCCAAAUGCAGAAGAAACGUGGAAAACUUUCUGGAAGCAUGCCGAAAAUUAGGAGUACCAGAGGAAAAACUGUGUCUGCCCCAUCACAUCCUUGAAGAGAAAGGCCUGGUCAAAGUGGGCAUCACCGUUCAAGCAUUGCUAGAUGUAACUGUAACAAAGGCUCUAUUCACAUGAGACCAACUCCUCUCCUUUGGGUCGUGGCUCAGACGUUUUUCCGGUCAGAGAUCCUAAACUCUCCUCUCAGCACCUGCCCCCUCCAACCUCCCACUCACUGCUUGUCAGUUCCCCGACUCUAGUUGAAUUGACGGGAGGACACAAAAGAAGAUUUUCUACCUUUCAUAACUGACUCUGACAUUAAGACCUGACAGGUAUUUGCCUAAAAUCCCGUGAGGGAGCUGGUUGUGAAGGACCAAGCAGCUCAUCAAUGCCUUCUACAACCUCCUUCAUCCCUUCCAUGCUCACCCACUGCCAUUACCAAAACACCAAGCACAGCCGUUUUGCAGCAAGAUGCAUUUGUUUUAUUAAAACCAAACGCAAUGUGUAUUUUGGGGGGGGUGGGGAGGGGAACUUGCAGUCAGGUUUUUUGCCACCAAAUUUUUCAAGAAGUUUCUUGAGACCAUUGCCUUUUAAAAAAACUAUUUUCGACAUACAAAAUAUUUAUAUAAAUAUUAUUUAUUAGUGAGUUGUUAUUCAUCCUUUGGAUGCAAAUUGUAAAUUAGGAAACUAUUUUAUUACUGCUUUUUUGUGGUUAAACACUUUAUUUUAAUAUUAUAAAUAUUGAGUUAUUUUCUAUCCUCUUUGGUGUGCAAGUAGUUCUAGGUCUCCAUAGUCAUGUUUUCUGGUGUAUUUGACUCAAAAAAAAAAAAAUUAAGCAAAAAGCAGGUGCUUCUGUGACAAGAACUAUUUUCUGGGGGAGGCGUUAUUUAUACUUUGGUUUCUGGAACAUUGGUCUUAUUUAUAUUUUCUGCAUUCCAUCCAGCUUCCUACAUUCCAGCAGCCCUGUUGUCCCCUGAUAUAAUGAACUGACAGAAAUCAAGAGAGCACCCCAACGUUGUUUGUAAAUAGCUGUGAUGGAAAAAAAAAAAGACAUAUUAAACUUGAAGAUAAAAUGUGAACAGUUAUUUUUUUGGGUUCAUACUUACUUUGCUAUGCACAAAACAUUCACGUUUUAACAUGAAGAAGUAACAAGUGUUGGCGUCAUGUGUCUUGUGGUGUAAUUUUGCACUGUAACUUGGGUAAUUAAAAGUGUAGCACCAAAGGUAGAUAAUAAAGGAAGUGGUAUAGGAAAGUGGAGAUGAGAAAAAGGUUAUCGUUUACCUGAGAAGUUUUUUAAGGGCCGCUUCGGUGGAGAGUGGUCAAGAAUUAACUGAAGGUGUAUAGGACUUGGAUCAGGAGACCAGCACUUUUUGCAGCUGCCCGUUUUAAAAGAGGAAACUAUUCUGAGAUGUAGACGUGCUUGUUUUAUUGCAGCUUAGUUGGUGGAUUUCAAAGUAGUCCGUCAAACAGGGCAAGAUUCACUGCCUCUGGCGUGAAACCGCGGGAGUGAGUCAGUAAAGCGGUGGAGUAGUUGCAUGCAAGAGCAAGGCGGGCUCAGGAGAAGGUGAAGUAAGUAGCGUUUGUGAGGCUGAGUGGCCCAGGAGGGAGCAAGUUCAGAGAAAGCAAUGACUAGAGAAAAUCCAGCUAAGGAAAGGGGUCCGUGCUGGUCUGAGAGAGUCACAUAAGACUUCACAGACACACAACCUAUUUUAGGCAGUUACGUGCGCGUGCACUCGCACCGCAGUUACAGACAGCCCAGUAAUUCGUCUUUCAGCAUCUUGCGAAUGCUGACUGCAUCGUCACCUCUGUGAAAAGCCAUUGUAAGUUUUUAGAGCAGCAGCCACGAGUUAUAAGCCAAAUAUAAAGGCGAACACAAAAGAAAAGACACCAGGAGGACAGUAUGCGUUGAAAUUGAACACAGACUUACAUCAGCCAACGCCAAGGCUGCCCCCCUGUCUAGGCAAGGAGGGAGGGGUUACUGAAAAUAGUCAUUUGGAUUGGCAGCUAGCAGUUACUUCCUAUCAAAUGUACUGUGCACUUUAACCGAGUUUAAAAUAUAUUUUAAUAUUUUCCUGUACUGCACAAAUACCUGUUUUGUCCAAUAGCAUAAUGGUGUAAAAAAGAAAACACUCUGAACGAAGAGCGUAUUCAGUGUAAGCGACAGCCAGAGGUUGAUUAUAGAAAUAGGAAUUCAGAUGACUGCACCUUGAUGGGCACUGAGAAUGCAGGGUCCUGAAAUAUUUUUUUUUUUUACAUGUAUAUAUGGCAACAUGAAGCUCUGUAAUCCUUGUUUUGAGAGAUUUUCUUUUUCAAAAUUAAAAUAUUUCUUUUGAUAUUGAUUUCA